AUGUCCGCUGCGCCACCAGGCCGCGUACAAGCACCCGCGGGCUUCGACCCGGCCUCGUACGGCUCGGUGCUACCCGGAACGUCUUAUCUGGAACGAACACGUUUGCAGAAUGGCUCCAUCGUCAGCACCAACGACGAGCCGCCUCUGGACGGUGACCAUGACGAAGGUGGCAGUCAGCAUACGUGGACCGAUGAUCAGGACGGCUCGUGGAACGGCGAUGCAGAGUCGAGCAUCCUGAGCGACUUUGCCUCGAUCUUUCAUCCCAACGAGUACAUUGUGGCGCAGCAACGCCUCGACGAUCUCGAGAGGCGCAGCGACAUCGAGUCGUUGGACGAAGAGAGCAUGCCCAUCCUGCCGCCAUCAGUAAGCAGCCGCAGACAAUCAGCAUCUGCCUUUUCGCAUCGGCGUCCAUCGGCGCUAUCAAGCCGGCGACCCUCGUGGCUAUCGCAUCGCCGGCCGGGCCAGAUCCCCGAGGAGGACGUGCUGCACGAGGGAUCAGCGUGGUCCAAGGCACUCUCCGAGAUCGCGGACGCGAGCGCCAUCUCUCUACGCCAUGCACUCGUAGAUCCCUCGACAUCUCCCGGCUCCAAUCUCGGUCUGCUGUUGAUCGCAGUGAGCCAGGUAUCCUACUCGACCAUGAACAUGUUUGUCAAGCUGCUCGACGACCGCGAAGGCCAGCAAGAGACGCAUCCCAUCGGAGCACUCGAGAUCGUCGGCGUAGAAUGCUUCAUCAUCUGGAUCGGUUCGAUGCUCGCCAUGCUUCUGGCAAAGACCGAGCAUCCCCUGCUGGGUCCACCUGGAGCUCGAAUGUUGCUGCUCUUCCGCGGCAUGUUUGGCUUCGCCUCCACUCUGGCUCUCUACAUCUCGCUGCAUGCACUCUCGCUUUCCGAUGCCACCGUGAUCACCUUCCUAUCGCCGUUGGCUACUGGCUUUCUGGCACACAUCAUGCUUCAGGAACCCUUUACUGUGCGCGAACGAGUCGCCGGCAUCUUUUCGCUCGCAGGAGUUACAUUGAUCGCGCGGCCGUCGUUCCUGUUUGGCAACACUGGCGGACAAGGCGCACCCGAGGAUGGCGAUAUCGACCUUCCUUCUCCCGGCUCGACAUCCGAAGCCGCUCGGUUCGUCGGCAUUCUAGUCGCUCUUAGCGGAGUCGUCUUUAUGGCUGGCGCAUGGGUGUGUCUGCGUCGAAUCGGGAAGAAAGCCUCGACGUACCACUCCAUCUCGUACUUUGCGCUGUGCAGCUGGGUUUCCAGCUUCGCCGCGAUGCGCGCGCUCAACGAACCGUUUGUGAUUCCGACGUCCAAGGUGUCGUUGGUGCUGCUGCUCGGGGUGGGACUGUUCAGUCUGUUGGCGCAGGUGUUCCAGACGCUCGGCCUGCAGAGGGAGUCGGCUGGUAGGGCGGCUACAAUGUCGUACCUCCAGAUCAUCUUUGCGCUCGCAUGGCAGUUGAUGCUGUUUGGCUCGGUGCCCGACUGGGUCUCGAUCGCAGGCAGUCUGGUCAUCCUCGCCAGCGGAGCCUGGGUGGCGCUCAGCAAGGAAGGCGCCGCUCCCAUGCACUGA